UCUGCCUGCAGCUCUGCUGACGGUAAAAGGCUAAAAGCAUUUCAUCGAAUACCUUGCAGCCAUGGCGUCAGCGCGGUGCCACUGCGUCGCCACACGUGUCUCCUUCCCCUUUUUCUCAAAGUCGAAACCAUGCACCUGACCACCGCCUCAAGACUUCGGCAGCUCUCAUUCCCCUCUCGCAAGCUCCCUCGAAAAUGCAUCGCCCCAGCGUUUUCGUCCAGUUCCUAAGAUGCAAUUCCUGCAAUUGCCGCAGAUUCUUCUCUACGCAGUCGUCGCUCGAUUCAGCUGGCCCGGUGGCCUCGCUUCUCAAGUCGCGAUCCGUGAUCCGCUUUAAGGGUCCCGAAACCAUCAAAUUUCUCCAGGGUCUGCUGACCAACGACGUGCGGAGUUUGGACCAACCAGAAUCCACUGCCGGGAAUGGCGUUACCCCCAACUUGUCUGCACUUCAGACUCCUCCUGUUUACUCCGCUAUGCUGACUCCGCAAGGAAGGUUUCUUUGCGAUUUCUUUCUCUACAAGCCUCCCCGUUCCGAUGAAAAGCUCGACCGGACCGGGUCUGGGCCCGGACCUUCCUCCGGCGAGCUGGAGAUUUACGCCGAUGUCGAUCGGUCCAUCCUGGAUGAAAUCUUGGCGACAUUAAAAAGAUACCGUUUAAGGUCUAAAGUUGAUAUUGAGAAUGUAGCAGAAGAUUUCUCUUGCUGGCAACGAUUUGGCAAAAACCUUGAAGGGAAGUCUUCAAUAUCAGAGGAUCCAGAAGCUGAUUCUGUGGGUUGGGGUGGUACUGUGGAUAGAGCUGGUGCAUCAGCUUCAGAGGGAAAUGCUUAUGGUUGGCAAUGGCAAAAGGAUCCAAGAUUGGCUUGUCUUGGAUAUCGAGGCAUAUUUCCAUCCAAUACAACUCCACCUCUUGUUGAGUCGGAUAAAGAAACCGAUGAAGGAAAUUUUGUUCUCUGGAGAAUAGAGAAGGGUGUUGCUGAAGGUCCCAUUGAAAUUCCAAAGGGCGAGGCAAUACCACUAGAAUACAACCUAGCUGGUCUAAAUGCGAUAAGCUUUGAUAAAGGAUGUUAUGUCGGACAAGAACUCGUUGCUCGUACACAUCACCGGGGAGUUAUCCGAAAGCGUUUGAUUCCUCUAAGAUUUCUGAGUGACAGUGGAAAAGAUCUAGAGCAAGAAAUACCUCCUGGUUCCGAGGUGGUCAGCACGGCAUCACAAAAGAAAGUCGGGACAGUGACGACUGCAGUUGGAUCAUGCGGCCUGGGACUGCUUCGCCUGGAGGAAUCAUUCAAAGGGACAACCUCAUUGACCAUAAAUGGUCACGAACAUGUCAAAGUAGAGACCAUAAGACCUAAAUGGUGGCCGUCGCAUUGGGCCCUCGAUCACCAACAGCAGAGCGCCGCUGCCUAGUCUCGAGACCAUAAGAAUUUAGGGAUUUCUAAGAAGCCAUUUACUAUCCAAACCUUGUUUCCUAUUUAGAUAAUUUCAUCCCUUUGAGUUUAGUACAUUCUUGGAUAUGCUUAAAGCAUAUGCCAAGAAAUGGUAAUAGGGAUCUAUAUUUAUGUGUUUCUGUCUACACUGUUACAUUAAAUAUAAGUUAAACAUCAA